AUGGCCCUUGCCUACCCGGCGGUAGACCGUGAUGCGCCCGUCAAGCGCCAGAACGCCGUGACGGUCGACGUCUCGCAGCCGGCCAUGUCGGACCAGACUGGGAAUGUCAUCGCAUUUGAUUCCACGAAGGUCUACCAAGACGCGGCCGCCAAGGGUAUCUGA